AUGGUGGGGCACGCCGGGGAUCCGAGGCAGCGGACUCGAGAGAAAGCGGGCGUUCGGGGGCUCUGGCGACAAAGCUGCCGGAGUCCGCGGCGGCGGCGGCGGAGGCGGAUGCGGCGAGCGGGGAGCCGGGCCCGGGAACAAUGCAAAGAUGGCUUUUCAGAGCAGCCAAAAGCCAAAGCGCGGCAAAGCGGCCCGCCCAGCCCCCCGCGCCGCUGCUCGGAAGGAGGGGGAGGGGAGCGGCGGCCGCGCACGACGGCUGCCAGCGAGGGGGAGGGGAAGGGGUGCGGGCCGCGCUCGCCCCGGGCUGUGCCCUGCGGGGACGCCCGCCCCCGCGACACCACAGCCGGGCCCCGUCGGCCGGGCCCCGUCCCCGCGCGAGUGGACGGACGCCUCACGACGAGCGGCGGGCCGCCCGCGCGCCCCGGGCCGCCCCACGGCCGUCCGUCGCCCGCGCCAGCCGACGAGCGGGCCCCGUGCCAGAGACGCGAUGCUGGGUGCGGGAUCCUGCCCUCGAGCGGGACGACUCCCGCGCUUCGCAGCGCCCGGCACCACAGCCAUGGGCUGCGGCCGUCGCCGUCGCGAAGCCCUGAGGGCAGCCGCCUCCCGGGGUCCCGCCCGGCCAUCGAGUCUGCCCCCCUCCCGUCCCACUUCGGGGCUGCGACGAGCACUGGCCCAGCACCCUUGGAGGGGCAGCAUCUCCCGCCCUGCUGCCUGCUGGCGGCAGAAGUCAGGUUCCCACGGCUGCCUUCCCCCUGGAGUUUUCCACUAAGUCAGGCCCAGAAGCGCUCGGCGAGCGCGGGGACUGUGCCGGAAGUGAGUGGGCAGGCACGGGGUGGGCGCUGCUGGCGCUGGGAGGCCGCAGGAGGUGGCACUCUCCAGGUUCCUGCGGGUUGUCCUGGGGGGCCAGCGGGCUCCUCUGCCCCAGCCUGGCGGGUUGUCCUCGGGGGGGCCAGCGGGCUCCUCUGCCCCAGCCUGGCGGGUUGUCCUGGGGGGGCCAGCGGGCUCCUCUGCCCCAGCCUGGCCUCGAGCAGGAAGCAGAGCUGGCCUUGGCGCCUGCACUGCAGGAAAGGGCCCUCGAGGGUGACAUCACCCAGGUCCCGGCUUCAGGGACAGCGCGGAAGCUGCCAAGGGGCCCUCAGCUCCUGGCGGGGGCACCGUCCCUACCGACACCAGGGGGCAGGCUGGGCUUCCUGGGGCGCCGACCUUUGGCCCUACCGGCGGAUUAAAGCCACAGCCAAGCCGCGGCCAAACCCGCCCCAUGCCCGGGUGACCCCGCAACCACAGCAGGACCCGGUCCCCCGGGCCCUCCUCCCGGGAUGGGCCCCCCAGGAGCUGGGAGGGUGGCUGACGCCAGUCCUAGGAGAUGGGGGGGCUGUGCCCAAGGCGGUCACCGCCUUCACACACAGGAGGGGUCAAGCUACCCGAUCCCCUCCCCCCGCCACCACCACUUUAAACCAAGACGCUCAGGGCGCUCCCCGCGCCGCAGGGCCCAGUUCUGAGCGUCAGGAACCGUGUCCAGAGCUGCUCAUCCGGGCCCCACAGAUCGGGGACCGGAAUCCAGAAUGUUCUCCCCCAGAGCGGCGCCCCCUGGGGAGCGCUGGGGGUCUGCCCUAAGGUCACCGUGGGGACAGGCCAGGGGCCCUGCAGGAGUCGCUGGCGCAACGCCCCCAGCCUCGCCCAGGGAGGGGCCGGAGUUGGGGACCCUCGGAAAGCCACAGGCGGGACAGUGCCAAGGCCGGGAGACCCGGGGGCCACCCCUCCUCCUCUUCACCGCCCCUCCGCUGCCACCCGCUCCUCGCAGAAGCCACCUAACGUCCCACCGCAGCGCGGCCCUGGGCUUCCCGGGGAGCCUGUCCCGGCCUCGCAGCGGGCCAGGCCUCUGCGUCCCGACGCCCCCUAUCCGCCGGCCCAGCCGGGAGCCCCAACACUAGGUCUUGCUACACGUGAAAUAAACGGAGUUCUUGCUUGCUCGACUUGACUCCCCGCUGCGUCUGACUGUCUCCGGGAUCGGGAGGCUGGGGAACGGGCGAGCGGCGCACUUACCUUUCUUCGGACCCAGUCCAUCCUCGUUCGGGUGGACUAAGACCCUGCAAUCAAUUUUUUAAAAAAAACUUUUUAAAAAAGUGGUUAACUCAAAAAGUAUACAAGUCAAUGGUCUUAAUAUAUUCAUAAGUAGAACAACUGUUACCGCUAACUCCAGGGGUUUUCAUCACCCAAGAGAAACCCCAUCCAUACUGAAGAGCAGUCAGUGCUCACCUGCCCAGUCCUCCAGCCCCGGGCCCUCCUCCACUUUCUGUCCUGUGGAGUUGCCCUUUCUGGCCGUUUCAUGUAAACAGAGUCAUACACAACGUAGUGCUUUGUCUGGCUGUUUCACUCUGGAGUUCGGUGUUACAGCUGUGUUGGGAGGUAAUUUUGUGGCUCAGUAAUGUCCCACCGUAAGCAUAUGUCUGAGAAGACUCAUGACAUGGUGACAUGUGGUGCAGCGGAGAAGUCGCCGCUUGGGACACUCUCAUCCCACGUGGGGGUGCCUGGUUCAUGUCCCAGAUCCCUCACUUUGAUCCAGCUUCCUGCUAGUGUGCACCCUGGGAGGCAGCAGUGAUGGGUAAGGUCCCUGGGUCCCGGCCCUCCGUACUGGAGACCUGGAUAGCGUUCCGGCUCCUGGUUUUGGCUUGACUCUGCUCUAGCUGUUAUGGGCAUUUCUCUCUCUUUGUCUCUCUGCCUUUCAAGCCAAUUUUAAAAAAGACUCUUGGAGGGCUGGCACUGUGGUGUAGCAGGUAAAACUGCCACCUGCAAUGCCGGCACCCCAUAUGGGCACCAGUUCGAGUCCCAGCUACUCCACUUCCAAUCCAGCUCUCUGCUAUGGCCUAGGAAAGCAGUAGAAGAUGGCCCAAGUCCUUGGGCCCCUGCACCCACGUGGGAGACCUGGAAGAAGCUCCUGGCUUUGGAUCAGCCCAGCUCCAGCCAUCACAGCCAUCCAGGGAGUGAACCAGUGGAUGGAAGACCUCACUCUCUCUGCCUCUGUCUCUGCCUCUCUGUAACUCUGCCUUUCAAAUUAAUAAAUCUUUUCUUUUAAAGA